AUGGAGCAGAUCAGGAACUUUUAUGAGACCAUACUGAAAUCCACCCACCCAUUCACCAUGGCGGUCCAUCUGGCUGGAAAGGCAGCCCCAAUUGUAUUUUACAUAGUGGGCCCGCUUUUCUUGGGAUUCACAGCUCAAUUCAUUAUCAUUAUCCUUUUAGUAGCAUUUGAUUUCUACGUGAGUAAAAAUAUAAGUGGGAGGAAAUUGGUGCAGCUGCGUUGGUGGUAUGAUGCCACCAACAAGAAUAACUCGAAUUUUACAUUUGAAUCGCACAAACAGUAUACGACGGGCCCCCCAAUCAGCGCCAUCGAUUCCAAACUGUUUUGGUGGUCAAUGUAUCUUACACCUGUUGUAUGGUUUGUCUUUGGGAUAUUAUGUCUGUUGAAGUUGAGGCUUUUCUAUUUGAUUUUGGUCGUGAUGGUGGUCUUCUUAACCGGAUGGAACGCGUACGGUUUCCGUUGUUGCGACAGAUGGGAUCCACAGACUAACUCUGACGGAAACGAGGGGAACGGUACAUGGUUCCAGUUGCCCAACAUGCUUAAUCUUGACAACUUGUCUAGAAUUUCAAGGGUUCAAUCGUUCUUCCAAGGUAACGGAUCAACAGCGACGUGA